AUGCUGCAUCCCGUGACCCCGGAUCCACCGCCCCUCACCGCCUCCAGACUCUGGAGAUGUCGUAGCCUCAGGUGUCAAGGCAUAACUAAUGAAGACAUAGUGAUUAGUCAUUGUUUAUGGUGGACCAACGGCCGCCCGAGGGUCCAGAACGAUCAACCACCAUCUAUCUAUAAAGACUAUCUUGCGCAAGAAACGACGGAACCCAGCAGUCGCUCGCAGACUUUGAUCUACCAUGCAGAAGAUAAUAAUAGGUGGUGGAUCAAAGCUUCAAAGCAUCAACGACGCGUGUUAUACCAAGACUUCGUAACGCGAAUUAACUACGACUCGAUCCUUCUCCUCGCAGACACCGUAACUGAGAUCACACUGGGGGAUACGGCAACAACAGGUCAUCAAGAAGGGAAGUUCGCGGUGGAUGAUGCCACUGGCACGACGGAAAGUCUCAAUGUGUCCCUAAGAUGCAGGAUCCGAGAAGAUCCCCUCAGAGUUGUCUAUCCUUUGUGCGACGAGUUCCCUUAUUUUCGGAAGUUCACCACCGACCAGUUAAUAAGGGAUGCUGAAAUCACGGAAGGGGUAUUUUGGGUAUACAACAAUGGCAUACGAUAUGUUCUUAAGAUAGUGAAUCGCUCCAUUUACGAACCUCGCGAUACAGAUGUCUUUCGAAAGGAACUGCAGAAUCUCGAGUACUUUGCUGGUGUGCCGAAUAUUGUGCAAUCAGCGGGGGUUGCAGGAUCUACAAACCCUUAUAGGACUUCGAAUGGGAGUGGUGGUCAACUAGUCUUGACUGGUAUUCUACUUGAGGCAUAUUCUGGAGGAUCACUGCAGCAGGCAGCGAAAACUCAUAUGGAUAUAAAACCUUCAAAUGUUGUCUUGGACAGUGAGGGAAAUGCAGUUGUUAUCGACAUCAGUGGCAUUGGAGGGAUAUCCCGUCAGUGGUGUUCCCCAGAGAUUCAGGAUGAACUGUCUCCUUUUGAUCUUCCAUUUAGCCAACGUCGACUUAAUGAUGUUUGGGCGUAUGGGAAACUUCUCUCCAAGAUCGGAGCGCAUGCAAAAGACGACCCAUUUGCAAAAACUUUGAAGCAGGUUGCAGACUGUUUAAUGAAAGAAGGUUGCCAAACACGUAUGAGUUUAUCCAAGGCACUAUCUCAGCUCAAAGGUACGGAUAAUCAGACCAGAUAUACAAUGAUGUAG